AAAGGAAACGCCGCAGCUUUGAGCUUCAUACUGCCUCAACUUCGAGUGGACGCUUGAAACUUUGGAAGAUGUUUUCACUCGGGGAGACAAUGGAGUUCCUCAUAGGAAACCCCUUUUCAACGCCCGUCGGUCAGAGAAUCGAGCGAGCGACCAGCGGCUCUCUGCAGUCGGAGGAUUGGGGACUCAACAUGGAGAUAUGUGAUAUCAUCAACGAGACAGACGAAGGGCCCAGAGAUGCAGUCAAAGCUAUAAAGAAGAGAAUCGUUGGGAACAAGAACUUCAGAGAGAUCAUGUUGGCUCUUACUGUUCUCGAGGCCUGUGUGAAGAACUGCGGUCAUCGCUUCCACGUUCUGGUGACGUCUCAGGACUUUGUUGAAGGAGUUUUGGUCCGUGCCAUCUUGCCCAAAUACAAUCCCCCCACUGCCCUCCAUGACAGGGUGCUCAGCCUCAUACAGUCGUGGGCCGAUGCGUUUCGUAGCUCUCCCUCCCUUUCCGGAGUGGUGUACGUAUAUGACGACCUGAGGAGACGAGGUCUUGAGUUCCCCAUGACAGACCUGGAUGCUCUGUCCCCUAUCCACACUCCUAACAGAAGUAUCCCUGAAAACGGGACUCCUGAGACGACCCCUGUCACCACUCCUCCACUUCAGCCACAAACUCAAACUGCUUCCAGUGUUCCCACUCAGAAUGCUUCACCUCCAGUCCAGCCUAGUGAAGGACCAGCCUCACUCUCUGCAGAACAGGAACAGAAGUUGCGGAGUGAGCUGGCGCUUGUGAAGGGAAAUCUCACUGUGAUGUCUGAAAUGCUGAAUGAGUUGAAACCUGGACAGACUAAGCUGGGCGAUACAGAGCUUCUACAGCAGCUGUACUCUGUGUGUAAGAGCAUGCAGGCUCGAGUGGUGGAGCUCAUCCCUCAGUUGCUGGAUGAAGGAUUUAUUGAAGAGUUGCUCGUGAUCAACGAUGACCUCAACAACGCUUUCAUCCGCUAUGAGAGAUUUGACAGACUUAACAACGCACAGAUUACAAAUACGCCACAGCAGAGCUCUGUCAGCAGCCCGAGCCUCGUUGACUUCAGCCCUGAAACUUCCACUCUCAGCCUACCUGCCAUCAUCACAACAUCCAGCCAACCAGCAGCCAGCACUUCAGCCAAUCAGAAGCCAUCAGUUAACCAUAAAGAGGAAGAGGAGUUCGACAUGUUUGCCCAAACCAGAGGCAGCUCCCUGGCUGAGCAGAGGAAGAGUGUCAGGUAUGAGGACCCAGGAGCUGUGGAGGGCCUCGCUGGAGCCCUGGACUCAAGGUUGCAGGUCACAGGAGGGAUGCCACCAGUGAAAAACCCUGUGCAGAAUGAUAUUGACAGAUGGCUGUCCAGUGAUAUGCAAGACCAGUCUGCAGUCAGUGAGGGAGUGUCCAGUGAAGAGUUUGAUAAGUUUUUGGAGGAUCGGGCGAUGUCGGCAGACCCCAGUGGCCAGACGAUUCGCAAUGUGCCGCCCUCCACAUCCAGACCACCGCCACAAUCUUCUACCCAGCAACAGAACAGAUCACAUGACCAGCUCUUUUCACUCUGAGUU